CGCUCUGUGACGUCUGCAACAUCCAGCUGAACUCGGCAGCCCAGGCCCAGGUGCACUGUGGGGGACGGGCCCACCAGAGGCGGCUCCGGCAGCUCAGCUUGGGGAAGAUCCCCUCGGGGUCAGUCUCCCACAGGUGGAGCAGGAAUAAACAAACUUUCCAGACUAAAUUAGGUAGAUGAUCCCUGUUAGCUUGACAGGCUGCCCCACUCCUGCCUCUCCACCAACUCCCCCAACAAGGGAGCUGUCUAUAUGUGAGGGGGUGAUAGGAGGGUAAGAGCAUUUGGGUAGGGGUUAGGGGUCCCCUUCCCCAAGAACAGGAAUGGUACCCCCUGGGAAGAAACCAGCUGGAGAGGCCUCCAACUCCAACAAGAAGUGCAAGCGGUACUUCAAUGAGCACUGGAAAGAGGAGUUUACCUGGCUGGACUUUGACUAUGAGCGGAAGCUGAUGUUCUGCCUUGAGUGCCGCCAGGCCCUGGUGCGGAAUAAGCAUGGCAAGGCCGAGAACGCCUUCACAGUGGGCACUGACAACUUCCAGCGCCACGCCCUGCUGCGCCACGUUACCUCAGGAGCCCACCGCCAGGCCCUGGCUGUCAACCAGGGCCAGCCCCCUUAUGAGGGCCAGGCUGAAGGAGGAGAGGCCUGCCCAGGUCUGGCUAUCACCCCCAUCUCCAGAAAUAUCAAGGUGGAGGUGGACCCGGCCAAAGUGGCUAUACUGACCACUGUGUACUGCAUGGCCAAGGAGGAUGUGCCAGAUGACCGCUGCUCUGCCCUGCUCGAGCUGCAGAGGUUCAACCUGUGCCAGGCGCUGCUGGGCACAGAGCAUGGUGAUUACUACAACCCCAGGAGGGUGAGGGACAUGCAGGUGGCCAUUUCCAGUGUCCUGCACAUGGAGGCCUGCCAGCGCCUGAAGGCAUCCCCAUUUGUGGGGCUGGUGUUGGAUGAGACCAGGGACUGGCCAGAGUCCCACAGUCUGGCCCUGUUUGCCACUUCAGUGUCGCCCUGUGAUGGCCAGCCUGCCACCACUUUCCUGGGCAGUGUGGAGCUGCAGGAGGGCGAGGCCACUGCUGGCCAACUCCUGGACAUCCUGCAGGCUUUUGGCGUAUCAGCACCCAAGCUGGCCUGGCUCAGCUCAAGCCUCCCCAGUGGCCGCCUGGGAAGUGUAGGCCCCCAGCUCCAGGCCACUUGCCCACUGCUCACAGAGCUGCACUGCCUCCCUGGUCGGACAGACCCUGAGCCUCCUGCCUACCUGAGUGAAUAUGAAAGCAUACUGGAUGCCUUGUUCUGCCUCCAUGGUGGUCCCAGUUCCCAUAUGGUACCUGAGCUCCGGGCAGCAUUGGACCUUGCAGCUAUUGACUUGGCAGGGCCUCGACUAGUGCCCUGGGCCUCCCUGCUGCCUGUCGUGGAAACCGUGGCUGAGGCCUGGCCUUCCCUGGUGCCUGCCCUGGAAGCAGCAGCCUCAGUCUCGCCUACGGCUGCGGCACUGGCCUUGGCCCUGCGCCAGUUCACCUUCAUGGCCUUCACACACAUGCUGCUGGACGCUCUGCCCUCUGUGCAGAAGCUCGCCCUUGUCCUGCGGGCAGAAGAGCCGGACUUGGCCUUGCUGCAGCCCCUAGUGAUGGCGGCUGCAGCCUCCCUCCAAACUCAGCGCGGCUCAGGUGGGGGCCGCCUGCAGGGCUUCCUACAGGAACUGGCAUCUUCAGACCCCCACGCUGGUGGCGGGCGCUACACCUACCGCGGCGUGGAGCUGCUCGGUUACUCUGAAGCUGCGGUCCGGAGCUUGGAGCGGCUCCGGGGGUCUUUCCUGGACUCCAUGCGGAGGGGACUGCGGGACUCCUAUCCUGGGCCGUCGCUGGAUGCCGUGGCCGCGUUCGCUGCGAUCUUCGACUCCCGCCGCUACCCGCAGGCGCCAGAGGAGCUGGGCGCUCACGGAGAGGGGGCGCUGCUGGUGCUGCUGCGCGACUUUGCGCCCGCAGUGGUGCGCCAGCGGGCUCUGGGCGACUUCGCGCUCUUCAAGCGCGUGGUGUUCCGCCUCGGGAGGCUCGGCCCGCGGGCCCUGUGCGCCCAGCUGGCGUGCGCGCACUCAGAGCUGCACGAGCUCUUCCCCGACUUCGCCGCCCUCGCCGCCUUGGCUUUGGCCCUACCCGCGGGCGCUGGCCUCCUGGACAAGGUCGGCCGCUGUCGGGAGCUGCGGUGGUGGGGACAGAGCGGGGCCGGGGAAGGCCGGGGCAACCACGUGGUGAAGAUCGCAGUGGAUGGGCCCCAGCUGCACGAGUUUGACUUUGCGCUGGCCGUGGAGUUCUUAGAGAGUGGGUGGGAGAAGGGGCUUCUGGGGCCGCAGAUCACCUAAGGGUGGCCUCCUUAUGUUCUCCCAGCCAGCCUGGGGUCCUGGACACUCUGAGGGCCAAGCCGGGCCUGACCUUGCUGCACGCAAGUUGACCUAACUGUGGCCUCCCAGGGCCCUGAGACCAGCCUUCUGCCUUUCCCAGCCCAGCCCUGUGGGAUGUAGAGGAUUAGAUUGGCCCACAGGGGCCUGGGCCGGUGGGCAAAGGUGCUCAGGUCUGGGGAGCCCUAAGUCCCUCCUGCCAUUGGCAGAGUUAAUGAGGAGUAGCUCACCCUUUUCUCUUCUGGACUCAGCUCAAGCAUUGACCCUAGAAAAGAUGGGGUUCUUUGUUGGAGCUAGGAAGCCCCGGCCUUGGGAACUAAGGAAAAAGAAAAUUGAUCCUUGGGCGGCACCUGUGGCUCAAGGAGUAGGGCGCCAGAGGUGGCAGAUUCAAACCUAGCCCCGGCCAAAACCAAAAAAAAAAAAAAAAAGAAAGAAAAUUGAUCCUUGACUGUUUCUUAGACCUACUGCUGACAGUAUUUCUUCUCUUCAGAUGUGACUAGGGAGUGCCAUACUUGUUUUUGCCACACAGCACAGCACUCUCUCUGCACACAGCUAAUGGUUCAAGGGCACAAUGGUUCAAGAGCAGUAGUGGUGCCUUCCUUCCCCUCUUCACCAAUAGGCUGUCAGUGGGCUUUCUGUAUGUGACAGUGUACAUAGACAUAUAUAUCUAUAAAUGUAAAAUAAA